AUGGUAAACUAGAUUAUAUAUCUUAAUAGCUUUCGAUACCAAAUGAGGAAAAUAUUAAGCCAUUUUAUCUAUUAAAAGGUAAUAUUAUUGAUAAAAAGAUACAAUUCUGAACACUGUAUAAAAUUACAUAAGAUUUUUUAUUAUAAAUAUAAUAAAAAUAAUGUAAUUUUUAAUUAAUUUACAUUUAUUCAAUAUUUAUAAUAAAAUUAGUUUUAUUAUGUAAUUUAUUCUUUAUAUUUUCUUGCUUAAUUCAGCAUUUUACACUCAUCUUUUUUGGAUUUCCUUAUUAAAAAACUACAUUUUUAAUAUUAUUUAAUUUCUAAAUAAUUGAAUAAAUCAAAUUAAAAUUAGAAAUAAAUAUUUUAAUUAAAAUAUUGUUUGCAAACUCCUCACUUUAGUCAUUAAAAUUAUAUUAUGAAAAUUAUUAACUAAAUUUAUCAGUUUGUUUUAACAAAUCUCUUAAACCAUUUUUUAUUGUAAAUUUAAUUUUAAAAUUAAAAGAAAAUUUUAAAUAAUUCAAACGUAAUAUUUAAUUUAUUAGCUAUAAUUGAAAAAGCAAUAAAUAUCUUUAGAAAGAGUUUGUGUAAAAUAAAUGGAUUAGUAAAUAUUAGUAAGUCAACAAUUAAUUUAGCCAAAAAAUAUCCUAAAAAAUUUAAUAGGAUUUUCAAAUAAAUGGCUAAGUCUAAUUUGGGGAUGCCUACUACAGUACCUUAUAUAUAUUCAUAGGGACUACGUAAACGAGAUAUGCUUAGAUUUAUACUUUUAUACUAAAAUGUAGAGUUAUUUAUACCUUUUGCAAUACGUCUUGAUGUUUGUUGA